AUGACGACAUCACAUUUAGUUAUGCCUGUACGUCGAAACCAUCAAAUUCAAACACUUCAAUCAACAGUUGCAGCAUACAGGACACCUGUAAAUGCACGCCAGCAGAAGAUACAGUUUCGUGCUAUUGCACGCACAACGAUAUUACGCACAACGAUAUCCAGCAAAUACGACACUUGUCAAAAACAUUACCACUACCGCUUCCCGAACGGGAUCAUAAAGGCCGGCCCCAAAAACGUACCGGUAAUUCACACCACCGCUUUUUUCGUUGAGCUGGCCAUACAUGUCCCUCCAUCGGUACUUCAAGUAGAACGGGAAGUAAUGCAAUUCACAUGUAACGUUGUAUCAACGACCCUUACAGGUUGCUACAACUGCUACAAAGGCGCGGUCGCUCUAAUCGACUGUACAGCGGAUGUACCGCAAUCGACAGGCACAAGUAACAUUAUGGCGGACCCCGCCAAUGCUCAAGAUAUGGAAAAUGACGAUGGUGAGGUCCCCGUAGAACCAGGAAACGAUCAAGGCAACGAUGACAAUCAAUCUCAAAAUCAAGAACAAGCAGAUCGUCCUCCAAUAGUCGACCGUCAACCAGUGGACGAACAGCGAAUUCAAGUAGAUGAUGAGGAGAUCGGCGCAAUUCAUCGCAAAGUUCAACGCAUACUCGGUCGUACGGAUGAAGUCCACUCUAUCCACUCGCGCGUCACCAGCACAUAUAAUGCGGAUGGACGCUGA